UGUUGAAUCAGUGGGGUUUCUGAUAGUCAACCGAGAAGACCAUAAAAUGGUUAAAAUAAUAUUAGGAGCAUUGCUCUGUAGUAUGUUGAGUGCAUCAACGUUGGCUUCUUCAAAGACAGAUUGGUGGGAAGACGCGUCAUUUUAUCAAAUCUAUCCAAGAUCAUGGAAGGACAGUGAUGGAAAUGGAAUCGGAGACUUAAAUGGAAUAACUGAGAAGCUUGAUUACCUGAAGGAAAUUGGAAUGACUGCAACAUGGCUUUCGCCAAUUUUCCAAUCUCCAAUGGCAGACAAUGGCUACGAUAUUUCGAACUUUACCAAUAUUGAUCCAAUAUUCGGAACUCUUGAGGAUUUUGAUGCUCUUUUAAAGAAAGCCAAAAGUAUUGGACUGAAAGUUAUUUUGGACUUUGUUCCAAACCACUCAAGUGUUGAAUGUGAAUGGUUCCAAAAGUCUGUUAAUCGCGAAGAUGGAUAUGAUGAUUUUUACGUUUGGGAAGAUGGCAAAGAUGACCCCAUGAAUCCGGGAAAGAAACUUCCACCAUCCAAUUGGAUAAGCAUAUUUGGAGGAUCCAUGUGGGAAUGGAAUGAGAAACGCCAACAAUUCUACUUGCAUCAAUUUUUGAAAGAGCAACCUGACUUCAAUUUCCGUAAUCCAAAAGUUCAUACAGAAAUGUUGGAAGUCUUGAAAUUUUGGCUUGAUCGUGGUGUCGACGGUUUCCGUAUCGAUGCAGUCCCUCACAUGUACGAAAAAGUUUUCGAAAAUGGUACUUACCCCGAUGAGCCACUUAGUGGUGCAACAAACAAUUCAGACAGUCAAUACUACUUGCGACACAUUUACACUCAGGCACAAUACGAAACAGUUGAGGUACUUUAUGAAUGGAGAGAUUUCUUGGAAAAUUAUAAAAAACAAAAUGGAGGUGAUUCGAGAGUUAUUUUAGCAGAAGCAUAUGCCGAAAUUAAUACUCUUGUACAAUACUUUGGCAACGGUACACAUUAUGGAGCCCAUCUACCGUUCAACUUCAAUUUUGCAGCAGUAAGUGAGCUUUUAAAUGCCCGAACUUUCCAAAUGGUUGUCAGCAGUUGGAUGGAUACAAUGUGGAAAACUCAUAAAAUGGCUAACUGGGUGGUUGGUAAUCACGACUUACAAAGAGUUGCAUCCCGUGUUGGUGAUGAUUUAAAAGAUUUGGUUAAUGUUCUUAUUGCUUCUCUACCUGGUGCAACCAUAACAUACUACGGUGAAGAAAUAGGAAUGAUCAAUGUAGAAUACGAAUGCCCAAAUUGUGGAGAUGAUCAAACUCGUAACUUCAAUAGAUCACCAUUCCAAUGGGAUGAUGGAAUAUCAGCUGGAUUUUCAACAUCCACAAAUACUUGGUUACCAAUAGCUGAAAAUUAUAAAGAAAACAAUGUGAAAGUUCAACGAGGUAUUGCAAGAAGUACUUUGAAUGUCUUCAAAAGCUCACAAAGGCUCAAACAUACUGCAGCCUUUAAGGAGUUCAAAGAUGACGAUGGUUUUAGUUAUGGAGCUUUGAAUGAUAAUGUUUUUCAAGUUAUUCGUGGUAAUAAAACAGGAGAAUAUAGAAUUUUGGCCAAUUUUGGAAACAAGAUUGAAAAUGUUGGACCACUCUUUGGUACAGUUAUGGAAGACGCUACUGAUACUUUUGAGUAUACUUUAGUGACAAGUCACUCUCCUCAUAGAAUUGGUGAAAAAGUAAAGCUGAGUGAAGUUUACAUGAUGCCAUUUGAAGCCUGCGUUCUUAAGAAAAUUGGUAAUAAUUCGGCAAAUACCAGUUACUAGAAAUUCGUCUGAAGAAAAAUCAAAAUUUGUUUUUGUUUGUUCUUCCGGUAACUACAUAAUUGAAUGUUUAUUAAUUGAUUAAAUUUUUUGGUUGUAAUUGAAACGAAAUACUGAACAAAAUGUAUUCGGUUAUUACCUAAUUUUUAAUAAAUGUUUACCCAUAA